AUGUCUUCUAUCGACGAGACAACGGACCACGAGGACCAUGAACCUACAACUCAAAACUCCUUACGUCGCCAUAGACGCCAAAGACAGCCAGAUGUGCUUUCCACUAUUUCUGAGGAGUUCGACGCCGAAGAGGAGGAGAGGCUGGUGAAGAAACUGGAUCUUUUCAUCCUUCCCAUAAUGGCAAUUGUCUACUUCUUUCAAUAUGUCGACAAAAACUCCAUCAGCUACGCGGCCGUAUCUGGCCUCAUAACUGAUCUGGAGCUCACAGACCGGGAAUUCUCCUGGUCUGUCUCCAUAUUUUAUGUUGGGCAAUUGAUUUCUCAGUAUCCGGCCGCCUACUCGCUCAGCUAUUCUCGCAUCAUUCGCUUCAUCGGUAUGACCGUCAUCGGAUUUGGUAUCAUCGAAAUGUGCAUUGCAAUGUCAAUGAACUUCCCUAUGCUCGCUGUCUAUCGCUUCUUCCUAGGGGCUUACCAAGCUGCAGUAUCUCCUGCCUUCAUUAUCCUCACGUCAAAGUGGUACCGUCCGCAUGAGCAUCCGAUGCGCGUCGCUACAUGGAUCUCGAUGAACGGGAUCAGCCAGAUCGUUGGGGGCCUCCUCAUGUUUCUGCUUGACGAUGUGGACAUAGAUAUCGGCAGCUGGAGGGUCAUGUUUAUUGUCUUUGGGGGGCUGACUGUCCUGUUUGGUAUUCUGUUUAUUAUCAUAAUACCCGAGGACACUGCUACCGCCUGGUUCUUGAACAAGCGAGAAAGAAGUAUUGCUACGAGAAGACUAGCCUUAGAUCGAAACAAAGGCGAUCCAAAAGGUUUCGAUAUUGGGCAGCUACGUGAAGCUUUGUGGUCGCCCUUGUCUUGGCUAUAUGUCCUGAUGGCAUUCUGCAUUGCGUCUACCAAUCCUAUUACCAAGGUGAUCAGCCUGUACCCUUAA